AUUACGCUGUACUCAUUUGUUUUAGACAACCUAAAUGAGUUUCUCGGUGUGCACGCGAACAGUGACUUUUUUACAAAUAUACAAAUUAAACAGCAAAAUAAGCGCAAAGUCGUGUGGACUGUUGGUGUUAGAAAGGAUACACUUUUGACACAAGAGGGCGUGUCGGCGUUUAUCGCCAAUGUUUGUGUGCAUGAUUAACUUGUCAUUGAAUUGAGUUUUUAAGUGAUAAGAGAGCGGGGAAGUGGCUGUGAGACACCCGGUAUAGUGGCUGAAUUUGCGUUAUGCGCGGUCACAGCGGCAAUAAUCGAGGUGGGAAGUUCGUAAGAGUCAUUUUCGUUCAAACAUCGGCGUGACAUUUCUCGCUCCGUCUCUGGCAAUAUGUCAAACAAAAAUAUACGUCGAACGCAGCCAGUCGUUAUUAAACCUAUUUUUAAUUAAUCUGAAUAAAUUUAGCAAAGAAGAGGAGGAACGGAAUAAACAGUUCAGUGAAUUUUGUCCCCAGUUAACCUCAUUAAUUGUGUUCAUGUCUGUUGAGUGCAUACAUUCAUUUUAAUAACAACUGCAAAAACAGAAUUUGAAUUUGUUUAACAAUUCGAUGUGGUUAUGUGUGCAAGUGCGGCUGUUUAAUAAAUUAACAUACAUUCAGCUUUUACCGCUUUUGUAAAAUGUCAUUUAAUUCAGUUCGGCUAAAUUUUAACAUUGUGCUGUUAGUGCUGUUGGGAGUUUACAACAGGGUGGAUUUUAUCAUGGCAUACCAAUGCUACGUUUGCGGGCCCGACGCCAACAUAAGCUGUGAUAAGUUCGAUCCAUCAAAUAAAUCUUUCAUCAAAGAUUGUCCUUCCGCUAAAAGCUGCAUCAUCAAAACACAUGGAAAUUCAGUGGAAAGGUCGUGUGGCGAAGAACAUGAAUACUAUCGAGACUGUCAGAGAGCCAACAACAUCCAAUAUUGUUACUGUACAGCAGAUUUGUGUAACCAAAAAACAACCAAUCUUCCCGACGAUGAAGAUCUGGCUGAAGAAGGAAGUGGUACAACUGUGAUAACUAACACCAUUCAAACUGAACAAAAAAAAACCUCCAACAUUACAAGCCAAUCGAGCCAUGUCCAGUUUUAUUUAUACGGCGCGUAUAUCCCGAUUCUCGUAAUACUCUACAAUUAAAACCGCACUGAACUGUAUUGUUUUAUCAGUAUUAAUUUUUAGUCUUCCACCAAAGAUCAAUUACAUUUUGUCGUUCAAUUUCAAGUCAAUUGAUAUUUUUAUAUUUAUUUAUUUUUGUUGAUAAACUAGGUUUAGUCUCGAGAUUACCACGUUUAGUUAGUUUAAGUGGUGGCAGGUAGCUUUGACUAACUUUAUUUACGCUUGCCACGAGCUGAUUCAUCCAUUAAAUAUGACGGCAUCUAAAGGAGUGAAUUAGCGAUACCAAGAAGUAUUUAGUCAAUUAUCUCGCACCAUCCAAUCAUAAAGGUGUUGGGGUUUAAGUUUGCUACGCCAAAUCGUUAUUAUGCUGUGUGCAAUACCGCUUUGUAUAUUUUGAUAUUGUGCCAAAAUCAGUCAGGUCGAGCCUUUGCGCAUGCGUAAGCAUUAUUGUACUUUGCUUAAACCGGAAUUGACAUAUAGUACGUAAAUGACAAAUUAUAUUUACCUUUUCUGUGAUUUUUUUGUAUGCCGAAUCUUGUCAAUUGUAAAAUGACUAAAGUUAAAACGUUUUAUUUUUUUUAAUGUUAAGAAUAGAGUAAAUUAGGGAGAAGGAAGUAUUUUGGGUAUGAAUAUACAGUCAUUAAUGUUUCGAUCGUUCGUUUUGGUGGUUGCUUCGCAAGUCACUUCAUUAUAACAUUGAGCAUCGGCUUCUCUAUAAUCACCAAUAUUAUCGUACUUUUGUAAUUUUACUAUAUAAGUGUUCUACUACUUAAGUAUUUAUACCUAUAAUGAUUCCCAAAGAGUACAAUAUACUUUGUAUUUUUUAAUACAUCAUCCGUAGUCUAGUCAAUUUUAAAUCUUAACCCAAGUGUAAUCCUCUCGGAAAAAGAAGCAUCUUUUUUAGCUUCGAACCGAAAAUAUCAACUUUAAUCUGGGAGGAGAGUUACUCAAUUGUGAAAACCAAAACCAGAACUGCUCAAUAAACUUACAAAAAACGAA